GUGGGACACUACUAUACACACAAUCAAGCAGUACACAUCGUAGCGUCGAAUUCCGGCCGAUUUCUACAAUUGUUCCAACCCCUGUCGGGGCUGACCCCGGUAACACAGGCACCAUAGUUGUAUUCCAGCAUAGUAUGGGGGAUUACGUGUCCCCCAAAAGGCGAGCCAUCGUGGAUCGUCUUAGAAAACGGAUCGAGUUAUGCCGAAGACACCACAACAUUUGCCAGGCCCGCUACGAACGUACACAGGCUGCCAGGUUCGAGCAAGAAUCACACGAGACAUAUCUGCUGCAUCGGCGUGUCCUCGAAGCUCGGGCCAAAAAACAGCAGAAGAGUUUAAAACAGGAGCCUGGACAAAACAAGGGAAAUUCUCGGUGUGAUGCUGGCAGCAGUAACAAUACUGGUAGUGGAACGGGGAGCGACUGUAAUAGUAAUUUACGAAAUCAGUUGUUGACGCAAAAGAUUUUGAAAAGGAAAUUAGAAAGUGGUAGUUCACCGAAGGAUAAGUUAGCGAAUGGAGAUAACGUACCUCUUCGGAAUGGUUAUGACUGUGUCUCAUCACCAAAGAGGUCGUGUCCACAGCAACCAGGUCACGGACUGGUCAAUCAGCCAAGUUUGUCUUUAUCUAUUGUGCAGCAGACUAAUGAACAGACUAUACAAACAAACGUGGAUGUUACUGUACAAACAACGAUUAAAACUCAUCCCAAUCAACAAGAAGAAGGCAGUUUAGGAAUGCCGACUGAAUCGAGUAUGAACAAUAUGCUUUCUAAUUCCCAUCAUAACGGACAAUGCCCAACAGACCAUCAACAAGUUCCAUCACCGUAUCAGAGCUCGGAAAAUACUCAACUAGUUGAAUGCAAACAGGAACCGUUUCUUAACUCUUGUGCAGGGAAACAGAAAGAUGGGAAAGGAAACGAAUUAGAUCUAGAUACGCUGCUUGGCGGCGAAAUAAACUUGAAUGAUAAUGAUUUCCAGGCAAUCCUGGAUGAGUUAGCCAAAGAUCCGGACAGUCUGGCUAAAUUGGAAGAGGAUCUAAAACAUGAGGAAGAAGGCUUGAAAAAACAAUUAAGCGAUCUUAAAGAUCUUCAACCGGAUAAGUCACCUUCAAGUGAACAACAAGGUGAAGGAGUGAUGAAGCAGGAACCCCAAACUCCUGCUCACUCCAAUGCAUAUCGGCCCACUGCACCCAAUGCAGGCAUGCCAAUCAACACUUUUGCUGGGAAUUUAACCCCACCUGCCUCCAGUAUGGAUUUCCAAUUACAGGAUAAUGGUAAUAUGAGUCGAGCUUCUCAACUGCAGCUCAUGGCGGCUCAACAGCAGCAUCUUAGGCAGCAGCCGCAAGGAAAUAUGAAAUUCCCAUACAAUCCAAUGGCUUCUGCUAACACUAUAAAGUCUGAAAUGCCAUUGUUUAUGCAACAAAAUCAGCUGUCAUUACAGCAACAACAACAACAACAACAACAACAACAACAGCAGCAGCAGCAGCAGCAGCAACAACAACAACAACAACAGCUGCAACAGCAACAAGAUUUGAAAAUGCGACAGCAGCAAAUGCAGGACCGUAAACCAAUUUUGAAUAAUAGUGGGACUGAUCAGUUCAGUUUAAACAACACAAAACCACUUUCGCAUUUACCAGAUAGGCAUGAAGGUGCCUCGCAGAAUAGUAUUGCAGCUCUCAGAGGAAUGCAGGCAAACAGGAGCAUGCUCAGUGGAUUCAAACAGGAAAUUGAUGCUGCGCGACAGUAUCCACAGGGUUUUCCUCCGAAUCAACAACAGUUACUGCAACAACAACAACAACAGCAACAACAAAGUAGGCUGCAACAACAUUUGCAAGAGCAACAAUUGCAGCAACAACAACAACAACAACAACAACAGCAGCAACAGCCACCUAGAACUCAGUAUGUGGCUUUGCCUCACCAUACUACAGAAGAAGAACAACAACUGAAACGCCAACGGCAACAAGAGUAUAUUCGACAACAAGUUAUGUUGAGGCAACGAGAAAAUCAUCGGCUGCAACAAGAACAAAAACUUCAAGAACAAAGACUGUUACAGGAGCAAGAGAGAUUACGACAAGAACAUGAACAGUAUCAGAGAUAUAUUACAAGGCCACCACCUGAAUAUACCAGACCAGGGGUGCCUCCACCUACUCAAGCUGGUGGACAACAGCCUAGAUUUCCUGGAAAUGCUCCAGGUAUCCCACGAACUUUGAACCCAAAUAUUCGACAGAUAGGGGGCAAUAAGCAUUAUUCAAUGAACAAUACACAAGCUGUUGGCCAGGUGCCUUACGGCCAACACCCCAUACCUGGUCACACUAUUCAACAUGCUACAAACACAACUCAAGCUAGAACUCACUCACCUUUGAACCCUAGUCAGGUGGCUGCUGGCACCCAAUCACAAAUGAUAGCUGGUGCAAACCAGCAGCUGAACGUAGCAGAUCAAACCCAGCCAUGGCGGCAGCAACAGCAGCAACAACAACCGCCGUCACAAGCACCAAUUAACCGCUCAGGUGGUGAAUGGAACAGAGGUACGCCACCCAGGCCUGGCAGUAAUUUUCCUUCGAGCCAAACCCAGUCACAGAGAUCAAACAACAUCACAUUGCCCCCAAAUAGUAACUAUAGUAAUUCCAGAGUAAACAAUCCACAGAGUUUCCAUGAGAACACUCUCAGUGCCCAACAACAACAAAAACAACAAUAUAAAUCACAGUCAAAUUUAGGUCAAAGCAUGGCAAGUCAACCGAACCAGAUGAACUAUGCAUUACAGGGACAAUUAAACCAGAGAGGUACACAAAGCCGGGUUGCUAUGCCAACUGUGACUCAACAUAAUAUAUCGAAUACUAGUGCUAAUCCAGUAUAUAGCAAUGCAAACAAUAGUGCAAUUCAAACCACAGAUUUUCCCCUUGGUGAUGAUCUCCUAGUAAACUCAGCAUUGGGAAGUGAUUCCGAUAUCCUGGACUCUCUAAAUAACUCGGACUGGGACGAGAUUCUUAAUAAGCUUCCCGUUUGA